AUAAUCUAAAGCAAAAAAAAUACACAUCGAUAACGCGUAUUCGUCAAUAAAAGACGCUAGCACGGGCAGUGCGUCCGCCGCGAUAUGCGAUGCGGGACCUAUUAAUAAUCGUGCAAUUAAUACUGCUAGUAUGGCUACGCUCGGUUCUAGCCGCGUAUUUCCCGAGUGUAAACUUCACCGUGUACCGCGGAGACCGCGCCCUUGUCACCUUAUUUACGGACAACAUUAACUAUGAGACGGAAGCGACAGAAAUCGUGUUGGAAAACCAAACGGUCGAUGCUGUGGUGACCGGCUCGUUCCGCAACUUAACAAAGCUGCAAUACUUAAGGCUGGUCAACGACAGAAUACGACUCGUCGAAAGAGGGGCGUUUUCCGCAUUGCCCCGCCUCCGUACCCUCAACCUAAAUUUUAACCUAUUGCGCGAGAUCACUGAGGGGGUCUUCGAAGGUCUGGACAUGGUGAAACUGUCGCUGGUCGGCAACGGAAUCGAGUCCAUCGCUCCGGGGGCGUUCCGCAACCUGAAGUCGCUCGAAACGCUCGAUUUAAGCCGCAACGGUUUGAACAGCCUGCGCAAAGGGAUAUUUUCCAACACGCGCAAUUUGAGGCAGAUCGAUUUGAGUUUCAAUCGGUUAAAUCACAUCGACGGUUACUUUUUCUUCGAACCGUUCGCGAAUCGAAUCGACGCAGGACCCGAUUCGUUUAUCGACUUGAAUCACAAUAUCCUGACCCGGAUAGAAAAGGACACGUUCGCGGGGGCGGGGUGCGUUAGAAGUAUCCGUAUCCAGCACAACGAUCUAGUGGCUGUACAUCCGGAGGCCUUCGAGUUGGAACACCUGGAACGGGUACACGUCGAAGGGAACGAUCUCUGCGACGCAAAAUUCAAACCUGGAGCGACCUCGCGGCCGCUGUGGUUUAGCUGUUAAGAUAGGGAGUGAGAGAAAGACAAUUUUUGCAUAAUAUUAAUUACGGGAGAUUACACAAGGUGAACAACUUGAAAUAUUGGCGCAUUCUUGCAAACAACUACUCUUUUGAGACUUGAAAAAUGGCGCAAUCAGAUUCUUGUGAACGAUGAGAGAAAAUUGAAAAAUUGGCGAUUUUACAGAUUUGCCAUAUCUUCCACGAUUUUUUAUUACAACUCUAAAAAAUAAAAGCUUUGCGUCGGAGUCUGAAUCUUAAAUAGGGCUUAGAUGCUAUCCUGCUUUUUAUUAUUCAAUGUUUUCUGACAUUCUCACAAUAAAGUUUCACAAUAUAUCAGUUUUAUUGUCAUAUACAAAAUCUUAUAUAAGUUUAACUUUAACCUCUUUUUUUAUAACAAUAAAUCACAUUUUAUUUUGUAAUUGUAAUUUCCUGAAACACAAAUAUUUGAAUUCAAAUUUUAAGUGCACCAUUUUAUUUCUUUUAAAAAGGUUGCAGUGCACAAGGUUUUAUAUAAUUAAAAUAUCUUUCAUAUUAAGGAAAAUAUGGCAAAUUUUUUAAAUCGGAAAUUUUGAAAAAAAAAAUGUAAGCUAUUGCACUCAACAUUUUGUUUGUUUUCACGUUGCAUAAUGUGAAGCUUCUCAAAACUAUCGCGUUCUAAGUCUAAGCGCUAACAGUUUUUUGUUACGUUAAAUGUAGAUAAUUAUUAAUUUGAUGUUUCUGUAUCUAUAGUGGAUUCUUCCUAAGUUAUAGCAAAUAAUACUUGUUACUGUUUGGUACUUUGUAUUAUAUUAUACAUUAGCAUUUUUCAUCGAAAGUAACGCAGAUCUCUGCUUUUAUCUGCUUAACAAGGACAACAAUAUCUGUAAAUGUACCCAAAAAUAAAAGAAUGAAAAUGAAAUUAUGGCAGCAGCAUGUAAUUAAUUUACAUGUUGAUCAAAAUUGUCAUGUUGAAGGCUCGCUAAUCUAGUUAAAUUUGUGGUUUUAUAACAUGUCUUGUCAGACACACAAACUUAUGGAAUUUAGAACUUGUUCGGUGAUUUCACUGGAAACUCGCAGGCCAAUCAGUCCA